GACACUGACAGUAUACAAAUACACAGUAGUAGCGGAUUUUGUGCAAUAGAAAAUUUGGAAGUCUAUUAGCGAGUUCCCAAUUAAAUUGAUUUUUAAUAUUAAUUACAAGUGAAAUAUUUAUUUAUAUAUAUUUGAAUCUAGUUCAAUUAAAAAUUUGUAUCAUUAAUAUAACUACUAUCAGAUGAAUUCUUUGUUUUAACAAAAUCUUUGAAUCAAUAUUUUCUAUCAUAGGUAGAAUAAGUCGUAUCGUAAAGGUUUUAAUUGGGCUAAGUGUAUAAAUCGUAAAGUAGGAAAUCAAUAAAAUGUCUCAUAGAACUUCCUGCUUUCAACUAAAUGACUUAUUUCCUAGAGAAAUAGAUAUUGAAGUAUGUUUAAAGACCCUAAAAAUAUUCCAAAAGUUAGAAGGGGACGUAAAUUGUGUUGUAUGGGAUGCUUCUCUAGUACUCGCCAAAUAUCUCGAAACAAUGUGUCAGUGUAAGCCUGACUUUUUGAGUGGGAUCAGAGUUUUAGAAUUAGGAUCUGGAUUAGGCGUUGUUGGGCUUACAGCAGCUACGUUGGGGGCCCAAGUCACACUCACAGACUUACCUGAAGCGCUGCCCUUGCUUCGUCUGAACAUAUCAGAAAAUAAACAGAAAAUUGUUAGUAUGGGAGGAUAUGCUAUAGCAGAAUCUUUAAUAUGGGGUGACAAAAAUUCUGAAAUUCAUAAACAAGAAUUCGAUAUGAUUGUUUUAGCUGAUUGUGUUUAUUAUGAAGAUGCUAUCAGUCCUCUUAUAGAAACCUUACAAUGUUUAAAUAAUACAGUCAAAAAGAAACCAACAAUAUAUCUAACUCAAGAAAUAAGGGAUUCAGAGAUCCAAAAGAAGUUAUGGAAUGUAUUUUAUGAGAAGCUAAGUGAGUCUUUCUACAUUGAAAAGAUUCCCGAGGAACAACAACACAUCAACUACAGAAGCUCAGACAUACUUUUAUUAAAAAUUAUAAAAAAAUGAUAUUUAUACAGUUAUGAUGUAUGGUAACCUGCCUGAAUGAGCACAAAAGAUGUACAAAGGAAAAUAUUAGAAGACAAAAAUAAGAACAUGUUAAAAUUAAAUAAACAUUUAAAAACACUUAAUAGAAGUUGAUCUUUGAAAUAUUAAUGUUAGUGAAAUCUCUUUAUUAUAAGAUUAAAUUUGUAAUCAUAAAUCUUUAUGCAUAGACAUAUAAUAUUAAUUGGAUAUAGUAAAGCAGAGGAAUGUAAAUCCUCAUUAAUAUUGAUGUGUUGCAACUAUAUCCUUUCAAAAAGAAUAAUGACGCACCUUUAUUAUCAAAAGGAAAAAAUAAUAACAAUAAUUUAUGAAAAGAUGGCCUAAAUAAAAUGAAGUAUUUAUUCA